AUCCUGACAGUUCAUACCCUUCUAAAGUUCCCAAGUAGCUCUUUUGUAUAGGCAUUGUUGACGGGACAAUAACCUGCCUUUCACUUGGCAUGAGUGCACAAACCUAGGUGGGCUGUUCAGCUUGCCAUGAAAAGGAUCAUCGGCCUGUUGUCAGUAACCUCAUGGUGUGUACAUUUCCUGAAUAUUUCUUGGGUCAUCUCCCUCUAAAUAUUAUCUAAUGGGUGGAACUGUUCAAUGAACUUUUUGGCACUUUUGAAUGCUUGAAUACAAUGGACUGGGUGGAUAGUUCUUGGUGUACUAUCCUUACUCACUCCAAGGGCACAGUUCCUCUGAACAGUUCGGAAAUGGCAGCAAGAAGAAACAGACGAGACGCCGUCACCGACGCCGAGAUUGCGGCCUACCAAGAGGCAAAUCAUCGUUUCGGAAAUGAUAAUGUGCGGAUAGCUGCCCACAUGGCGCAACGGGAGGUGUUGACGGAACACGCCCGCAACAUAUAUGCGGGUCCUGUACGGGGCGUGGCCAACCGCCUGCGAGUUGUCCGCCGGCACAUACAGCGAAGGCAAUUGGUGAAUGGGCAUUUGCCGGAGGACCCAAAUCGGCGGGACGACCGUUUUGCUUUCAAUCUAGAAGGCCUGGUUGAUCCGAGGGAACUGCAGGAUAACAUGAACAAUGCGGCUGAGAGAGAGGCGGCGGACCCCCUGGCAAAUGAGGGUGAGGCAAACAAUCCGGAAGAUGGUGGAGUUGCCCAAAACAACCAAGCAGAAGGUGGUGAUGGAGCCGGAUUUGAAGACAAUGUCAAUGAGUUGAACCAACUUCCAAGGGGUGGACUCAGACAACUGCAGGUGCAAAACCAGGUGCUUUUGCAGAGGAUCCUGACGAGACUAGAGGCCAGGCAAGAUCAACAGGAUCACCUCACCAGGUUGCUCAUCAACCGCCUGGAACCAGCCGACCCCAACAAUGGGGCCAAUUAAUUGUAUUUGUCUAAUAAAUAUGGU